CUCUCACCCUCGUCUUGACCUCGUUGAGAUGCUGAAAUCCUCGCCAGCGGCUCGCCGGCUUCUCGCCGGAAUCGUGUCCAGCCGCCGCAUCGGCUCUCCAUUCUCGUUGCUCCAGCUCUCUACCGCUGCCUUUGAUCCAGCUUCGAACCCAUCGACCCACCAGGACCAGCCCCCAGCUCUUCCGACUCCGGAGACGUCGAGAUCGAGGGAAAACGAUGGCGAGGCUCAUAGAAGAAGUACUGGGAAGCGGGAAGGAGUGAGCUACCAGGAGGAGCAGGCACGGGUACUCCGGGCGGCGCUCUCCCACGUUCCAAGGUUAGGUUGGAGUGAGACUGCUAUGAUUUUGGGGGCGAAGGAUGCGGGCAUCUCUCCUUCUAUCGUUGGCUCUUUCCCCCGCAAAGAGGCAGCACUUGUAGAGUUCUUCAUGGAUGACUGUCUUCAAAAGCUUAUUGAUCGAAUUGAUUCCGAUAUGGAGUUAGAUAAGCUGAUCCUCAGUGAUCGUCUUUCCAAACUCACAAGAACCCGCUUGGAAAUGCAGGCGCCAUAUAUAUCAAAGUGGCCCCAAGCACUAAGCAUUCAAGCACAACCAGCCAACCUUCCAACAAGUUUCAAACAGAGGGCUGUUAUGAUUGAUGAAAUUUGGCAUGCUGCCAGAGAUCAGGGAUCAGAUGUUGAUUGGUAUGUCAAGCGAACAGUGCUUGGAGGUAUUUAUUCAACAUCUGAAGUGUAUAUGCUGACCGAUCAUAGUCCAGGGUUUCGUGAUACAUGGAACUUCUUGGAACAUCGAAUUAAAGACGCAUUCGAUCUUCAGAAGACCAUCCAGGAGGCCACCUACUUAGCUGAGGCUGUUGGAGCUGGAUUAGGGAACUCCAUGCAAGGGUUCAUGAAGAGGAUGUUCCAGAAAUAAAAAAUAAAAAAAAAAAGCUUUUUAGGUUUGGCCACACUGCUGUAAAGGGUUUUCAAUUUUAUGUUUCAUUUGUUAUUUUGCCUGUUAUCUAAGAACUUUAAUGAGACUUCCUCUUUUCUUAGAAUAAUGUAAGUGGUUAUAAUUUAAGGGGAAUAGAUCCUAAGAUGGAUUUUAUUUUAUUUUUUAA